CGGCGGCGGCGGCGCCUGCUGCAGAAUGCUCACCAUGUCCCAUAUAAAGACAGAAGAAGAACUGGCCUUAUUUGAUAAAAGUAUAGAUGAAUUUUGGACCAAAUUCAAAAACACAUGGAUAAGUGAAUACAGCUGUCAGACUGUAACACUGAGAGAUGCCCACAAAGAAGCCAUUAAAGCGCUCACAGAACGAUGGUCAGUAAAACUAAAAGAAGAAGGUCAAAUGGUUGAAAAAAUUCUGGAAUAUAAAAGAGAAAUCCACAGGCAGAACAAAAUCAUUAAGGAAAAAAAAGAUAACCUGUCAGAACUGCUUUCCAAAAUUCAUGAUGGACAGCAACAAAAGGAAAUGUGGACUCAAAGUAUCCAGAAUCUAAAGGAAGAGUUGGCCAAGAAAAAACAAAUCAUUUCCACUACCAAUGAAGCCAAUAAGGAGAAGCUGAAAGGAUUGAAUAAAUCUUCCGAAUAUUUUAAAGAUCGACUUGGAUUAGAAAUACGCAACACACACGGAGGAAAGUUGCAGUUUAUAUUCAGAAACAUUGAUCCCAAGGAUCAUGAAAAGCCUUUCAUGUUUUCACUGUGCUUAAAUGAAGAGGGAAAUUAUGAAGUGACCGAAAGUUCUCCUCAUCUGGAUUGCCUAGCUGAAUUACAAGAGAAAGUGAGGGAAACCAACAAUUUUUCUGCUUUUCUUGCCAAUGUCCGAAAAGCUUUUAUUGGUUUGGUUUAUAAUUAGUAUGUGAAAAAAUGUACAAAGGUGGGUUUUAUAUUUAACGUUUUUCCUGUCCCCGCUCUGCAUUUAAAUCUGCCACUUUUGUGUUUCUAUGACUUUUCAGUGCUUUGUAUUAUUUCCAUAAACUCCUGUAAAAGUG